ACUUCAACUUCAUUAUAACAUUAGUGAAGAUGCUCUCUACCAACCACUUAUUAAAGUACAAAAUGACAACUUAUUUAACAUCAAUAUUUCUUUAAAUAUAUCCAAAUAUCAUUUUCUUGAGACUUUUCAAAUCUCUUCUUUGAAAGAUCACCUACAGAAUUUGACAAAUGGUUCAACAA